AAGGAAGAUCAACCUCGUCACGACCUUCAUGCUUUACAACUUUCCCACUUUUCAAAUUGCAAUGGCAACCGAGGCUAUAAGAAUCACACAGUUUAGGACUCCAACUUCGGUUGAAAACAACAUCUCUUCGACUGAGAAACCUCAAGCAUAUGUCCAUCAGGACAUUCCAGACAGGCGGAUCAAUGCAGAGAAAUUAACAGCUUUGCUAAGCUCGAAGUUUCCGGUGAACUCGUAUGAAAUACGUGUGAUCCGCAAUGUCUACAGCAUUACUGCUCCAGCGAAUCUGUCCUUGAAUGACAUCGCUUCAUGCAGGUUUUGACACGAGAGGAUCAAUGGCCAGACACAGGAAAUCCCAAUAAUAUAGACUUGCUGUAGCAAGAUCUGGACCGGGAAAGACAAGCAAAGAGAGGAGGUGGCACGCAGUCAGGCUGGCUGUCUGUUGACCGAGUUGGAUAAGGUUAAGAGGGUUGUGGGGAGCCUAAGUAACGCGAGGGUGGUCAGACGGACAAGGAUAUGGAAGGUCAGCCAGGUUCAGCUCAGCCUAAUAUUUCAUUUUCCAUAGGCCACACAUUUCCAUUCUGUGCUGAGGAUGGUGAUCCUUGAAGUUAGAUCGGACGAGGGAUACCCACAUGCUAUUUCUGUGUGAGGGCAAAAAGAUUGCAUUGCUGAGCGCUGAAGAAGAAAGAGAAAAGAAGAGAAACGCCACGAGGCCAGCUAUCUGAGGCUAUCAACAUGUCUGGCUGUUGGCUGGCUGGAGGGGCCGUGCACGGCCCUCGCACAAUUUCUCCAUAGACGCUGCGGUACUUUUAUAAACUUUGCCUACCUCGGUAACAUCCUCGACCGUGAGUGUGGCUGGCGGCGUCAUAGUGCAAGCACAAAGGACGCCUAAAGCUGCAUCCUGGUGUAUA